ACUUUUUUUGUCUUUUGGUAGUUUAUGGAACGUUGGCUUUUCAAAUGAAGAGCAAUGACGACAACGUAUCCCUUCAGUAGGGGAAGAGGAACGCCCCUCCAAGUAGUUCAUGUGGGUCUCGCGAUAUUUGCCCAUGGUGGCGUUGUUCUCGCUCGCCGACGACGGGACUAGCUGUCUGGAAAUUUAUCUCGUUGGUUCGACGCAAUAACAUUUUUCUAACUGUUAGUUUUAUCCCACCGCCAGACACGUUAGUUGUUUCACAUUUCAAAGCGCACUGCUGUUUAUUUCCGGAAUCCAGCUGGAAAAUGGCUGCCGCUGAAGUGAACGGUAGUUCUGCCCUGCUGAAGGAGGAAGAAGAACCCAUGGAUGUUACAGGACCACUCACGGAGAACUACCAGACACUGAUUAACGCGGGACUCUCACAGAAUGUCGCUGAAAACCUAGAUAACAUCUUUCAGACAGGCCUGGUAGCGUAUGCUGAAUUGGACGAGAGGGCCAUCGACGCUCUCCGGGAGUUCAGUGAGGACGGAGCACUCGCUGUGCUGCAGCAGUUCAGAGAAAGUGACCUGUCUCAUGUACAGAAUAAGAGCGCUUUUCUUUGUGGAGUGAUGAAAACCUACCGACAGAGAGAGAAGCAAGGUAACAAAGUACAAGAGUCCACUAAAGGGCCAGAUGAGACAAAAAUAAAGGCACUUUUGGAGCAGACAGGAUACACUUUGGAUGUCACCACGGGGCAGAGGAAAUAUGGAGGCCCUCCACCUGAGGAGGUUUUCAAAGGAUUACAACCAGGGAUUGGGACAGAGGUGUUUGUGGGAAAGAUCCCGAGGGACUUGUACGAAGAUGAGUUGGUGCCACUGUUUGAGUCUGCUGGACCCAUCUGGGACCUCAGAUUAAUGAUGGACCCGCUUUCUGGUCAGAAUAGAGGUUACGCCUUCAUCACAUUCUGCAAUAAGGAUGACGCACAAAAAGCUGUGAAGCUUUGUGAUAACUACGAAAUCCGGCCUGGCAAGUAUUUGGGAGUGUGCGUAUCUGUUGCCAACAAUCGCCUGUUUGUUGGCUCUAUCCCAAAGAACAAGACUCGAGAAAGUAUAUUGGAAGACUUUGGCAAAGUUACAGAGGGUCUCCAAGAAGUGAUCUUGUACCACCAGCCAGAUGAUAAGAAGAAGAACCGAGGCUUCUGUUUCCUGGAGUACGAGGACCACAAGUCCGCCGCGCAGGCCCGUCGCCGCCUCAUGAGUGGCAAGGUCAAAGUGUGGGGGAAUCCAGUGACUGUGGAGUGGGCUGACCCUGUCGCUGAGCCAGACCCUGAAGUCAUGGCGAAGGUAAAAGUGCUCUUUGUAAGGAAGCUGGCCACUGCAGUGACAGAAGAGCUCCUUGAAAAGACCUUCUCUCAGUUUGGAAAGCUGGAGCGAGUGAAGAAAUUGAAAGACUACGCUUUUGUUCAUUUUGAAGAAAGGGAUGCUGCUGUAAAGGCUAUGGAUGAGAUGAACGGGAAGGAGCUCGGCGGGGAUGAAAUCGAGAUUGUCUUGGCCAAACCUCCAGAUAAGAAGAGGAAAGAGCGGCAAGCAGCUCGGCAGACAUCCAGGAGUGCUGGGUAUGACGACUACUAUUACUACCCAGCUCCCCGCAUGCCACCACCAGGGCGUGGCAGAGGUCGUGGUGGUCGUGGGGGCUAUUCCUAUCAAACAGAUUACUAUGGCUAUGAAGACUAUUACGAUGACUACUAUGGCUACGACUAUCAUGACUAUCGUGGGGGCUACGAAGACCCUUACUACAGCUACGACGACGUAUACAGCGGCAGGGGGCGUGGCAGCCGUCCCAGUAGGGGCGGGCCUCCGUCCAGGGCCCGCGGUGCGCCACCGACCCGAGGCAGGGGGAGCUACUCCCAGAGAGGGCCGCCCCUCGGAGCGCCGAGGGGUAGCCGAGGAGGGCGGGGGACCCCUUUCCAGCCCCAGAGGGGCCGCGGGCCUCGUGGGCCCCGGGGCAAUCGCGGGGGGAAUGUCGGAGGCAAGAGGAAGGCAGAUGUGUUUAACCAGCCCGACUCCAAGCGUCGCCAGACCAACAACCAGCAGAACUGGGGGUCCCAGCCCAUCGCCCAGCAGCCCCUGCAGCAAGGGGCCGACUAUUCCGGUGGAGAAAAGAAUCCACAAAGGAGGAAAUCGACAUUUUGUGGAGGAGCAUUGAGAGGGCGACGCCGCUAGAGCGAAGAACACCUGAACGGUACUCCAGGUUUUCACUAGGGAUUCUCGAUGACACUGACCUAAAAUGCACUCCUCUUGAAACAAUGGAUGUGGCACACCCCGGUGAUUUUACUGUUGCACGCCACAAGAUGGCACAAGUGGGCUGUGCAAAUUAAAUCACUCAGGCAAUGGGAGCAAAACUCUUGGGAUCGACAUCAAGGAGUUUUUCCAAAUGGAAGGAACUAAUGGGUAAUAUGUAGUCUGGAUUUAGACUGCAGGUCCAAGUGCCUAAUUACAAUGUGAUGGCUAUAUCCAAGUGGCACACUCAUAAAACAACCUGCAGGCGCAGAUGUCCAAAUUGCUGUUAAAACAAGAACAAACUGCACAAGGCAUUGACAAUACAAAAGGACAAAUUCAUUCAACAAUACAAAUAGUAAAUGUUCCAUAUUUAUUUCACAUGGACUAACACACACACCCCUCCCCACCAUACCCACUGAUUUUAAGGGUAACUUUUACAUUACUCUGCAAGUAUUUUGCUUAUUUAAUAAUGCAGAUAGCUCUGGUUUGUUUUGACCAUGUUUACUGGUCUGCUUUGGCUGCACUUUAUUUACAGUCGGCAUAUUUUCCUCCAAUGUUUUUAGGCAGACUUGGGUGUGUAUGUCAGCGAUCAGUGUAUUUCGAUGACAUCAAGCCCGCAGUAAAGGUGUACAUCCGAUCUGUGCAUUUACGCUGCAUUGGCAGAUAUCCAAUACGUAACAGUUUUUUUUAAAUCCACAUCUGGAAGUGGAGGAGACAUCAGCUGUAAAUCCAGUGUUGGGCAUCGGCAGAUGUGUUGAUGUACAUAUUCAUCUGGCAAUUAUUAACACGCCUGUUUCUUCUGUAGAGAAGGCUCUCCACAAGGUGCAAGAAAGUGUCAUACCACACAAUAUAUGCAACUAAUGACGUACUGGGUAAGGAAAAAAAUGCUAUCAUGCUGAUAAUGGUGAGCAGCAUGGCUCUGUGUCACGCUGAAUGAAAUAUUUUCCAAGAAAGCAUCCAUCCAUUUUCUAUACUGUUUGUCUUCAUUUAGGGUCGCAGGUGAACUGUAGCCUAUCCUAGCUGACUUUGGGCGACACCCUCAGCUGGUCGCCAGUGACGACCAGGAGUGCCAUCCAAGCAGCCUCUGCAAAGUGCAGUCAUUUUAUUGUUACAUAUUAACAUUUCUUAUUGGAUGAAGUCCAUACAUUUUACUCGCGUUCCCGUUCAUUUUACUAGAUCAAGCAAGGAUUUUUUUCUUUUAAGUAGUAACUCUUUGUAUUACUUCGCUCUCUUACAAGACUUUACUGCAUAUUUAAGUCAAAAAUAAAUUGGGCUUUUAUUGUUAA